UCGUUCUCUCUCUCUUUUUCCACACACGGAGAAAUAGGGCUUUCUUUGGGGGCUCUCCUCCUCUGUUUCCCCCCUUGCUUAAAGAAAGGAAAUCUCUCCCUGUGUGCUUGUGUGUCUUGAGAAGAGCGAGGAGGAGAAGGCACCGGGCUGGGAGGUGAGCGGAGAGGAUGGUAACAACGAUGAUGAUGUGGAAGAAAUGGAGAUGAAUCAGACUAUGCAGAUCCGGGGACUCCUGUUGCUCCUGCCGCCUCUGCUCGGGGCGCUGCUGCUUCGGCGGGACGUCGCCGCGGGGACAGAGGAGGGAGGUUGUUUUCUUUCAGGAACGAAGGUUACUGGAAUGCCAAUCAAACUGAAGGUGUCUCAGGGGCAGCCAGUAAAACUGAAUUGCAGCCUCGAGGGAAUGGAAGAUCCAGAGAUGCUAUGGAUCAAGGAUGGAGCUGUGGUACAAAGUGUAGACCAGGUGUACAUUCCAGUAGAUGAAGAACACUGGAUUGGUUUCCUCAGCUUGAAGUCUGUAGACCGGACAGAUUCUGGGAAAUAUUGGUGCCAAAUUGAGACCAAUGGUAAGAAGGAGGAAUCUCAGCAAGUGUGGCUCAUUGUGGAAGGUGUUCCUUACUUCACUGUUGAGCCCGAAGAUUUGUCUGUCGUCCCGAAUACACCUUUUCAUAUGGUCUGUGCUGCUGCUGGCCCUCCUGAACCAGUUACAAUUGUCUGGUGGAUGGGUGAUUCCAGAAUAGGGCCUUCAGAUGUCUCUCCCUCCACCUUAAACGUGUCAGGUAUCAAUCAAAGCACAGUUUUCUCCUGCGAAGCCCACAACAUAAGAGGACUGUCUUCAUCUCGGACAGCUACUGUGCACAUUAAAGUUCUCCCCUUCCCACCUCUCAAUGUGACAGUAACUCAGAUCACCAGUAACAAUGCCAAUGUAAUUUGGUUACCAGGAUUUGAUGGGCUUUCGCCACUUCUUUCUUGUACUGUACAGGUGGCUGAGUCCCAGGCAGAAGAGGAAGUGGUUACGGAAGUUGUCCCUGUGCCCUCCUUCAGUAGGGCUUUGCUGGGUUUAAAGCACUCAACCAAUUAUAGUGUGCGGGUUCAGUGCACCAAUGAAAUGGGAAGCUCCCCUUUUACAGACUGGGUCUAUUUUCAGACCUUGGGAUUAGCUCCAAAUAACACUCCACAAAAUGUACACAUUAUUCACAGAGAUUCUUGCCUGAUUUUGGAAUGGGAACCAGCAGUUCAGGAAAUGCUUAGGGACAAUGCACUUGGAUACAGAUUGGAAUGGAGUCAAGAUAACAUAACGCAGGGGGAGAUGGUAGUACAAGACACAAGAGCUAAUCUAACUAUGUGGAAUCCCUUAAAAGACCUUCUGAUCAGGGUGUGCAUACUAAAUUCAGCUGGCUGUGGACCAUGGAGUGAGCCAUUAUUGAUUACAGCGGAAGAUUUAAUCGCGGGACAGAGACAGCCUCCCUAUGGGACAUCCUGGGUUCCUGUGGUUUUAGGUAUUCUGACGGCACUGGUCACAGCUGUUUCCUUGGCACUGAUCCUUCUGAGGAAAAGAAGAAAAGAAACCCGUUUUGGUCAUGCCUUUGGCAGCGUGGUGGGAGGGGAUCCCAUAGUCCAUUUCCGAGCAGUGAGAUCUUUCAACAGAGAAGUGCCAGAGCUUAUUGAGGCAACAUUGGACAGUAUAGGAAUCAGUGAUGAACUGAAGACUAAACUAAAAGAUGUCCUGAUUCAAGAGCAGCAGUUUACACUGGGAAGAAUGCUAGGCAAGGGAGAAUUUGGUUCUGUAAGAGAAGGUCAGCUGAAACUGCCGGAUGGCUCUCUUCAAAAGGUUGCAGUGAAAAUGCUAAAAGCUGACAUCUUUACUUCAAAUGAUAUAGAAGAAUUCUUGAAGGAAGCUGCGUGCAUGAAGGAGUUUGAUCAUCCACAUGUUACCAAGCUGAUUGGAGUCAGCUUGCGCAAUCGACCUAAAGGCCGUCUUCCAAUCCCAAUGGUUAUCCUACCAUUUAUGAAGCAUGGAGACCUUCACUCUUUUCUACUGAUGUCCCGGAUUGGAGAAAACCCAUUUAACUUGCCCCUCCGGACCCUCUUAAAAUUCAUGAUUGAUAUUGCUAGUGGCAUGGAGUACUUGAGCUCCAAAAACUUCAUACACAGGGACUUGGCUGCCCGGAACUGCAUGCUGGAUGAAAACAUGAAUGUAUGUGUUGCUGACUUUGGGCUUUCAAAGAAAAUAUAUAGUGGAGACUAUUACCGUCAGGGUUGUGCCUCUAAGCUGCCAGUGAAGUGGCUUGCAUUGGAAAGUCUGGCGGACAAUCUCUACACAACACACAGCGAUGUGUGGGCAUUUGGUGUGACAAUGUGGGAAAUUGUGACCCGAGGGCAAACUCCUUACGCAGGCAUUGAGAAUGCAGAAAUUUAUAACUACCUCAUCAGUGGGAACAGAUUGAAGCAACCCCCGGAGUGCCUGGAGGAUGUGUAUGAUCUUAUGUGCCGAUGUUGGCAUUCGGAACCCAAGCUACGCCCUAACUUUGCAGCACUGAAAUUGCAACUUGAAAUGAUUUUGGCAAGACUGUCUUUGCUCUCAACCAGCCAGGAUCCUCUUUAUGUCAACAUUGGGAAGCCACAAGAAGCUUGUAGAAAUGAUGCCACAGUGAAUUGUCCCUUUGGAACCUUGGACGGAGAAGUGAACAUUACAGGAGCAGCCGCUCCUGUCACCAGUGACUAUCGUUACAUCAUGAGCCCCUUGUGCCUUGGGAAUGACGCUGAAAGUGAAAGACAUCCAGGUGUACCGGAUGGGGAAGCCAGGAGUCUUCUUUAUGAUUUGGAGAUGGGAGCCAAACAGUGUUAGCCUGCAAGAAAAGAGACUCAUCAUUCUCCUCCGAUGAGACAUAUGUAUCUUUAUCAUCAUAUGGUUCUGCUUUACAGAGACAGUUUGGGGCUGUUAUUAACCAGCAUAGGUAGCUGUAAUGCAAGCUACAUCUGUAGCUUCCUUCAGCUUUUGGGUCGUUGAGGCUGACCUCUCACAAUGACCACAAAUCUUAAUCACCUCUUGGCCUUCUAAGAGUACCUUCCUGCAGUGGCAUCUAGUGGAAAUGGCCUCAGCCUGUUCCAGCCAGUAGAUAGUUUGUUGACAGAAUUCUAACUGAGUACUGAAGGUCAAGUAGGGUGCUAUACAGCACUCAUUAUUUUGUAAUAUUUUUCCAGCUCCGAGCAAGCAAGUUCGGGACCAGCAUAUAUGAGGGGGGGGGGGUGUAGUUCUCUGCUGGGUUUUCUUGUUGAUUUAUAUCCUCUUUCAGGGCAUGAGAAAAGAGUGAAUCUAAUUUAACAGUUCUGUCUAGACCUUUUUGUCUACCUCAGUGGUUCUCAAACUGGGAUCUGCGUGACUGCUUCUAUAUGAUGAAGAAACAUUGCACUUUUUCUCAGAGUUGUGUUUGUUUGCCAGAUGUAAACACUCCUCAAGACUUAUAGAGCAGCAAAGCAACAAAAUUCCAAUGUCUCCCACCCUUCAUCACAGGAUUGGCCUUUCUUGCCUAUUUUUGGUUCCUGUUUGCCAUAAUAUUAAUUACAAGCAAAGUUGCCUCAAAAGCAAAACUGAAGGGCGCAAAUGUAUAUGGGCGUAAGCAAAAUUCAAAGAUAUUUUAAGAAAACGAUGGAGAAAAGGCUGGCAUCUUGUGGAAUAUUGGCUCAAUCCUGUACCCAUCAGUUUGGGAGUCAGCCCUACUGAACUCAGCUGGACUUGAUUCAAUUUAGAAGAUUGAGUUCUGCAAAAUGCUAUAUAUUGGGCAAAAUACACAUAAAAGCAAGAAUGACAAGCAGCACUUUAUAUUAAAAGCAAAUUUCAUUCCA